AUGAACAUGGACGUUUCAAACGAUGCCUCGCACGAGUUCCAAUCUGAUCAAGCUCGACACGUCGAGCAACCCCCUUCCACUAACGCCAUGAAUUACGAUAUGGAUGACCGAUUGGUAAAAGCCAAGUCGAAUGGCUUGCAGAUGCAACAGCUGGCGGACUGGAUGCUACACUUUCUAUCAACAUGCGGCAACGAAUCGCUGCUUCUUGUUCUAGUUUGUCUUAUGGGAGCUACAUAUAUCAUCUUGGGUAGACUUGGGCUACUACUCAUUGGAGUAGCGCUUGGUAUUGCGUUACAUUCGUCGUGGGAGGGCGCAAGUAAUCGUCAUUCAUCAGAAACCCUAAGCUCCAACAGGAAGCAGCUUUCGUUGAACAUAGCCUUUAAACUCCUUGACUGGAAGAGCAAGCAGCACAUUGCAAUCGACCCGAAUGUUGACAAUGCUGGGGAGUAUACUACGGAAAGCAAGUUGGAUAUGGAUGUUAACUUAUCCACCUCCCUUGGUCCAGUGACGGCCACCGCGCUACAUUCAUUAAUCGAGGCGGCGGUGCGAGAUUACGUGAACUACUGGUAUGAGCCGAUUCUUCCGUCUGAAUCAACGUUCCCUGUUUCAUGCCGGAAGGUAUUGGCUGAUUUCGUCACCGCCAUUUCCUCCCAUCUCUACCGUAAACGAACGGCAGACACCUUCCUAGAAUUUCUUACUAAUUCGUCUUCUAUGGUUAUCGUAUUUCUAAAUGAGCUCUGCACGGCAUUUGAUGCAGCUGGUCCUACUAUCACAGCAGAAGAUGCUGUGCAGCGAUACCUAGAAUCGAACCCUGAGAGCAGUCUCUCGAGUCUUCUGGCCCACCAGCAACAAGGGGAAAAAAUUAAGACCAUGUCCGAUGAUAUCCUUUCCAGAUUCCUGGAUUCCGACGCAUACAACUGUAUCCCGGUUCGAAACUUCCUUCGGGAAGUUCUAAGCGGGAUUGUUCUUGAGUCGACGAUCUCUAAUAUGUCACGGCCUGAAUUUAUUAAUGGCUGGAUUACAUAUCUAUUUAGCGAAGGUGAAUCCGAGAUAAUGAGUGCAAUUGAUGCCGGCGUGGAGGGGGCUCGAUACCAUGGCGUAACAGGAGCCAAAGUUUCCGGGGAAAUCUCAGAAAAUCUUUCAAGGACUACGAAUGAUGUUGUUGCAGAACCGGUUUCUCCAUCGAGGAUCCCGGGUUCGAUGCUUAAUAAAGUAGAUCAAGCAACCGAGGAAGCCUUGCUAGAAGCCAAACGCCUGAGUGACAUGAUUGCAGCGCACAACAUGCCCUAUAAUACCGAACAGACAACGCACGACAACAUACAAGAUGCAGAUAAUUCAACGCAUAACAGCGGCACCCUUCCUAAUGCCGACGUUGAGAGCCUGGCGGGCGAACGACGGAGUAGCGAAGGGACUCCGCCAGAAUCCGAAUUGACCGAAGGGAUUCGGAAAGCACAAGAAGUCAGUUCCAGCGAAGUGAGCAGCUCAAUAGCCUCGCCGUCUGUACAAUCUCCAGGACUUCCAACGAGUUCCACCUCAGACAGUUUUGAUAUUCCACCAGCCUCAAUUCUUCAUCGCGCAUCUGUAACAGUUGACGAUAGUUUUGAUUCCGGAGAUACAGCGGUCCUACGAUCAAAACCUACGUCUGACUACUUAAUUCAAGUCGAGCCUUAUUCUGGACGUUCCAGUGGGUGGAUGAUAUUUAAGAAAUAUGCGGACUUUGAAUCUAUCCAUGAGACUUUGGGAACGAUAGCGAGAUUGAAUCAAUUGCGUUUUGGUGACACUCAUUCACUCAUACCAUCUUGGAAGGGACAAACGCGGCAAGCUCUUGCACGCGAUCUGGAACGAUAUCUGCACGACGCUCUUCGACUUGAGCCCCUUGCCGAGAGUGUGACUAUGAGACGAUUUUUCGAAAAGGAUGGACGGCUUGGUGCAGAUACCACAGGUUCGUCAGUGAAACCAGGCUUUGCUUUCCCAGGCCAGACUACGUUUGAAAAUGUUGGCAAAGGUGUCUUAGGCGUAUUAACAAACGCACCCAAGGGAGUCUCUGGUGGCAGCAAGGCUGUUCUGGAAGGCGUCACUGGUGUAUUCGGUGGAGGGGUCAACAAAAAGACACAAGUUGGCCCAGGUGUAGGCGGUGACAGUAGGGAAUGUCGCGACUCGCUUCAGAGAAGCGCACCACCUCUGGAGGGUGGUAUGUCAACCGGAAGGGGGGAUUUGAGGGUAAGCAACGACACAGUAAUCGGUGCGCUCCCACCUCAGCCGCAGCACUCGGGUGAUACAAGUGGCCUCAAGACAUCCAUCGAGAUCGCUCCUCUUACUGAGCCACUGAAUACUCUCGUAACAACCCGCACGUCUCAGGAAAAUGCCAUUGAUGGCCUUGGUGGUCGAGUCUCGCCCGCUGCUGCCUCGGUGCAUAAAAGCAGCCCGACCGCCAGUCCUGCCAGUCUCACAGAAGAGAAUAAUAAUAGCAGGGAUGCCGUACCCACGGAGACCAGGAAAUCCACAGAGAUAGUGGCCACGCAGAAAGGCCAGGGAAGCCGUAUAUCGGCAGAUGAAACGCGAAUGGCAGUGGAACUGAUAUUUGCCGUUAUAAAUGAAUUAUACUCACUAUCUUCAGCCUGGAACAUACGUCGAACAUUGUUGAACGCGGCAAAAUCUUAUAUACUUCGACCGGGAAACCCAAGUCUAGAAACUAUCCGCGGUUUACUGCAGGAAUCCAUGAUCGACAUUCAUACCACAGACGAGGCCGUCGGGAUGUAUCUAACUAAACUGCGUGAGAAUGCGCUGCCGACGGCUGAAGAAUUGAGCGCCUGGCCGCCGGCGAUGUCCAAUGCUGAAAGGGAGCGUCAGCGAGAGGCCGCUCGCCGAAUUCUUGUCCAAAAGGGACUUCCGCAAGCUAUAACGAGCGUCAUGGGAGCGGUAGCUAGCCGCGAAGCUCUUGGCAAAGUAUUCGAUAGUCUUCAGAUUGAAGUUGUCGCUAGAGGAUUUGUUUUUUCUAUCCUUCUACAGGCGCUAAGGGCUGUGGUUCUAUAG